AUGGCUUCUGCUGCUGUCAUGCCACCUUCCUCGGCGCUGCCGGCCGCACGCCCUCCACCGCCUGACAUGGACUUGGACGAUGACCUUCCGGACAACGCCUUCACCUCGAUUGACGAGCGAGCAAUUGAAAUUCGUGACUCGUCGGACCCCAUGUCGAUGCUCAGCUUCUACCGAAGACUCUUUCCAUGGAAGCAGCUCUUCUCCUGGCUGAACCACGAUUUGGCCCACAUGGCUGCCACCAAAUGUUUCACCCAUCGCGAGUUUGCGUUCACACUCCAGAAUGAAGCUUACCUGCGCUACAACUCCUUCUCCUCGGCUGACGAGCUCAAGAAGGAAGUGUGCCGUCUCAACCCGGCGCGUUUUGAGAUCGGUCCCGUCUACACCGCCAAGCCCAAGGAUCGCAAGACUGUCCAAAAGGCAUCCUUCAAGCCGGUGCAGCGCGAAUUGGUGUUCGAUAUCGACAUGACCGACUACGACGAGGUGCGAACCUGUUGUUCGGGAAAGGGAAUCUGCAAGCGUUGUUGGGCAUUCAUUGCUGUGGCGGUGCAAGUGCUCGACGAGGCGCUGAGGCAAGACUUUGGUUUCAAGCAUCUGCUCUGGGUCUACUCGGGUCGACGUGGCAUUCACUGCUGGAUCUCGGACAAGGAGGCAUUUCAACUUGCCGACGAUGCACGAAAGGCGAUCGUCGGCUGGCUUGAGGUGAUCAAGGGUGGUGCCAAUCAGGUCAAGAAGGUUGAUGCUGGCUGGAUGGGAGGCGCUGGAGGAAGGAGUCUGCACCCGAGCUUGCGACGUGCCAUCGGAGGAGAGGGUAACGAGAGUGGACCUUUGAAACUUGCGUUUGUCGACACGGUGCUCAAGGACCAAGAUUGCUUCCGCUCGCCUGAAAAGUGGAACAUUUUGCUACAAUUGCUUCCAUCUUCGGAAGUCGAGGCAAUCGCAAAGCUUCGCUCCAAGUGGGAACGCUCUCCCAAUCGAUCCAGUCUGGAAAAAUGGCAGGACGUCAUGGAAUGUGCGCAAAGAGCAGGCGAGUACAAGAGCGAACGUAUUUGGCGUCCUUGUCUCGAAGACAUCAUUCUGCAGUACACGUAUCCACGUAUCGAUGCAGAAGUAUCCAAGCACCUGAAUCACUUGCUCAAGUCGCCCUUUGUCGUGCACCCGGCCACCGGCAGGGUGUGCGUACCGCUCGAGCCAUCCAAGGUGUUUGAUUUCGACCCUGAAAACGGUUGUCCCACAGUAGCACAGCUGCUCCGAGAGUUGAACGCAUACGAGGUCACGCACAAGCAGGCAUCGCAAGCCGUCAAGAGCAACUACAAGAACGAAGCCCAUCCGGCAGCAGCUGCUGACAAUGUCAAGCAAGACUGGGAAAAGACGAGCUUGCGACCCUAUGUGCAGCGCUUUGAAAAGCACUGCAAUGCAAUCGCCAAAGAGACGCGUGCGCUGAGAAGAGCGCAACAGGAACAGAAUGCUACCGACUUCUAG